ACAAGCAACAAGGACACCACAUACGAGCUCGAGCUUAACCUUCGAUCGCUAGCUCUCUUGUUGCCAACUCUUUCUCAGUCUCUCGUCGCUCAUAUUUGGGUUAACGACAGACCAGCCACACCCACCUGCAAGCUCGCAAGUACCUCGACGAUCGACAGCAAUGGAGGUGAAAGUAUUGAGCUCCAAGCUCGUGAAGCCCGCCUACAAUGGCGGUGCUGCACCAGCCACCGAAUACAUCCCUCUGUCGAUCUUCGACAAGGUGACGUACCAGAUGCAGAUGGCCAUCAUCUACGCCUUUACCUCGCCGGCGCCCUCCACGGCCGCCAUUGAGAAGGGACUGGCAGCGGUGCUUGCCCAAUACCGCGCCUUCGCCGGCCAGAUCGGCGUCAACCCUGAUGAUGGCGUCCCCUCCUUCAUCCUCAACGAUCGUGGUGUGCGUGUCGUGGAGGCGUCCGUGGACGCUGACAUGGUGGACAUGGCGCCGGCCAAGCCCACGCCGGAGCUGUUGAAGCUUCAUCCGGACCUCGAGGGCGAGCUGGAGGAGGUGGUGCUGCUGCAGCUGACGCGAUUCAGGUGCGGCUCCCUCGCCAUCGGGUUCACUUCCAACCACGUCGUCGCGGACGGCCACGCCACCAGCAACUUCCUCGUCGCCUGGGGCCGCGCCACCCGGGACCUCCCCAUGGGUCCCCCGCCCGUGCACCACCACAAGGACCUCUUCAAGCCCCGGUCGUCACCUCGCGUCGAGCACGACCACCGGAGUAGAGAGUACUACAAGCCGUCGCCUACUGCCGUCGUUGGCCACCACGGCGACGGCACCGACAACAUCGUCAUCCACAAGGCGCACUUCACCAAGGACUUCAUCGCCGGGAUCCGUGCCAACGCGUCGGAGGGGCGCGGCCGGCCGUUCAGCCGGUUCGAGAUCAUCCUCGCCCAUCUCUGGCGCACCAUGACACGAGCCCGUGGCCUGGGCCCGGAGGAUACCUCGACGAUCCGGCUCUCGGUGGACGGGCGCCACCGUCUCGGCAAGCCGGCGGAGUACUUCGGCAACAUGGUGCUCUGGGCGUUCCCCCGCGCCACGGUGGGUGACCUCCUGAACCAGCCUCUGAAGCACGCCGCGCAGGUGAUCCACGACGAGGUGGCCAGGGUGGACGGCGCAUACUUCCAGUCCUUCGUCGACUUCGCCACCUCCGGCGCCGCCAAGAAGGAAGGGCUCGCGCGGAGCGCCCUGUGCAAGGACGUCCUGUGCCCGGACGUCGAGGUGGAUAGCUGGCUGACAUUCCCGUUCUACGAGCUGGACUUUGGCACCGGCAGCCCGAGCUACUUCAUGCCGUCCUACUUCCCUACCGAGGGGAUGCUCUUCCUCGCGCCGUCCUACAUCGGCGAUGGCAGCGUCGAUGCCUUUGUCCCAGUCUUCGAGCACAAUCUCCAGGCCUUCAAAGAAUGCUGCUACAACGUGGAGUAGGUGGCCAUGGCUAGGAACGGCCGGGGUCGAAGGAAAAGUGAGGCAAACAGAUUCGUUCAUUUAAUUAAGAGGGCGGUAGGAAAAGGAAUGUUGGUUACGUGUUCAGCCAGAUAGUAUAUUUUCCGUUCUUGUUGAGAAUUGCGU